AUGAAGGCUUUCCUCGCACUCGCUCUCGUGGCUCUCGUCAGCUCGGCCGAUGCUCAAGUCGCUGACUACAGCUCCAAGAUGCUGAGCGCCGUCAACGCCAAGCGCGCCGAGAAGGGCCUUGCCGCUGUGUGCAUCAACACCAAGUUGGCUGCUGCCGCUCAGGUCCACGCCGAGGACAUGGCCACGAACAAUUUCAUCGGUACGUCCAGCACGGACGGAUCCGGCCAGCUGGAGCGCCUUGAGGCGCAGAAUUUGACUGUGACCGCCGCUGCCGAGCUCGUUGGUGCCGGCUACACGUCUGUGAAUAGCGUGGUGGCUGCUUGGCUCAAGGCCUCGAGCGACUACAUCUACGCCGACUACCCGUUCAUCGGGCCCGGCUACAAGUACGACAAGACCAAACAGUAUAAGCACUACUAUGUGCUCGGUCUCUCGGACGGUGAGGGCGAGUCCUGCGCCUAG